AUGGCUGAGUACCAGACAACAGCUCUUCUAUACAUCCUCGUAUCUCCUGGCUCCAAAACCGCAGGGGAUGUCUCCACCUGGCUUAACAGCCCCCUGAUACGCAACCUCCCCGGUCUCAAAGCCGCAACAGAAUACAACGCAAUAGACGAGCAAAAGCCCGAGUUUCUCGCCGUCUACGAACUCACCCACCCAUCCGCAGUCCAGCUCUCAUCCCUCGAAAGCACCGCAGCAUCAUCCGGUUUCGAAGUUGAGCUCCGAAUCUACAAAAUCUUCAGCGCCAAAACAUCGCCUCAUUACAACGCCCCACCCGGUCGUAUCUUCCGCACCCUCGGUCUCCAACCAGGUCCAGCUAUGUCAGAGGAUGCUUAUAACGCCUGGUAUGAGCAAGAGCACGUCCCGCUCCUCUCGGUUGUGCCGGGGUGGCUGAAGUCAGCGCGAUGGACGCUGAAAGAGAGUAUGCAGUUCGCAGCGGACGGGACGCGCAGGUAUAAACCGACGUCUCGAUAUCUUGCGAUCCAUGAGUAUGAGAGCAUGGAGUCGUUUUCGAAGCCGGAGUUCAAGACGGCCAUAAGUACCCCGUGGAGGGACAAGAUCUUGCCUGGGAUGGAUCGGGAGGUGGAUGAGAGGAGAAAUUUUACGCCGCGAAGGGCGAUUAUUUAG